AUUACGGAUUACAACCCGAUUUUUUUCGUAGGAUCCGAUUGACAUAGGAAAUUCCAAUAAAGUCACCAUUCUUCCCUUUUUGCCCUUCUUAUUUCCCUCUUGCUUUGCUUUGCUUUGCUUUGCUUGCUUGCUUCCUUCUCACUCAUCAGUUUUCUCUGCUAUCAUUUCAAGAAUAGAAGCGAAAGCGAAGGCAAGUCAUCAUUGGCAUUUGUCACCCGCCACCUGUUUUGCUGAAACCUCAACGAAGCUGAACUCAGAACCGACUCCUCGGCGUUUUUACUUCUUUUCCGGUCAACAUUAUCAACGUCUGAUUGUUUCUUGUCCUCCACUCGCUACAAAGGCAGCUCUCUGUUCUUCAACUCCUUCCAUUACUCAUUGGCCUAUGAAAACUUCUCUCCGAUUUUGCGACUUCUGCUUGAAUAGAGUCGAUCCCUAAUUCUUUUUGGACCUCUGUUACCAAGUUCUGCUGCUUCGACCCUUCUAAUUUUCAGUCAUUUCUUCAAUUGUUCUUCCUCCUCACUUACUACUUCUUCUCCUUCUCCGAAUUCCAACUCAAAAAUCAAAUCUUAAAGAAGCUCCAUGGGUCUGUCCACCAAAUAUGAACCAAAAAUCGUCACCGGCGAUGCUGGAUACGUACUUGAAGAUGUUCCUCACUUGUCUGAUUACAUAUCUAAUCUCCCUACGUACCCCAACCCAUUGCAAGACAAUCCUGCGUAUUCAGUUGUUAAGCAAUAUUUUGUGAACGUGGAUGAUACUGUUGCCCAAAAGAUUGUGGUUCACAAGACCAGUCCACGGGGGAUCCAUUUACGACGCGCUGGCCCACGUCAAAAGGUUUAUUUUGAGUCUGAUGAAGUGCAUGCAUGUAUUGUCACAUGUGGUGGUCUGUGCCCGGGGCUCAACACAGUUAUUAGGGAAAUAGUGUGUGGCCUUAAUUACAUGUAUGGUGUUAAGAGAAUCCUUGGGAUAGAGGGAGGAUAUAAGGGUUUCUAUGCUAGAAAUACCAUUCCAUUGACACCCAAGGUUGUAAAUGACAUUCACAAACGUGGUGGAACAAUUCUUGGGACGUCACGAGGAGGACACGAUACCUCAAAGAUAGUUGACAGCAUUCAGGAUCGUGGUAUUAAUCAGGUAUACAUUAUUGGGGGUGAUGGAACUCAGAAAGGGGCUUCGGUGAUUUAUGAGGAAAUUAAAAGGCGUGGUCUCAAAGUUGCAGUUGCAGGAAUCCCCAAGACAAUCGAUAAUGAUAUCCCGGUUAUUGACAAGUCCUUUGGUUUUGACACUGCUGUUGAAGAAGCACAACGCGCCAUCAAUGCAGCACAUGUUGAAGCUGAGAGUGUUGAGAAUGGUAUUGGUGUUGUGAAGUUAAUGGGUCGCUAUAGUGGGUUCAUUGCAAUGUAUGCUACUCUUGCAAGCCGAGAUGUGGACUGUUGCUUGAUACCAGAAUCACCUUUUUAUCUUGAAGGACCUGGUGGACUUUUUGAGUACAUGGAAAAACGGCUUAAAGAAAAUGGUCACAUGAUUAUUGUGAUGGCUGAAGGUGCUGGGCAGGAGCUUCUUUCUGAAAGCAUGCAUACCAUGGAUCAGCAGGAUGCUUCAGGAAACAAGCUACUCCAGGAUGUUGGUUUGUGGAUAUCUGAGAGUAUCAAGGAUCAUUUCACAAAGAAAAGAAAGAUGAUCAUCAAUCUAAAGUACAUAGAUCCAACAUAUAUGAUUCGUGCUGUCCCAGGUAAUGCAUCUGAUAAUGUGUACUGCACACUUCUUGCUCAUAGUGUAGUUCAUGGCGCAUUUGCAGGAUACACAGGUUUCACGGUUGGACCUGUAAAUGGAAGACAUGCUUACAUUCCCUUCCAUCGUGUGACCGAAAAACAGAACAAAGUCGUGAUUACUGACAGGAUGUGGGCAAGGCUGCUUUCUUCAACCAACCAGCCCAGCUUCUUGAAGCCUAAAGAUAUCACGGUAAGCAAAAGAGAAAAAGAACCACCCACACAACUGUUGGACGGGGAGAACUGCACAGAUGACAGGAAGCCCGUGAGCAAAGAGCUUGUGACAUAGAGACCCUCCCGAUGGUCACUCUGGUUUUUGUUAGUAGGCAAUUAGUUUCAUUGUUACUACCAGUAAAUCUCUAUUUCCUAGUUGGUCAGUUUUGGUUAAUUUCACUUGGUACACUGAGAGGGAAUUUGCUACUUGUAUACAUAUUUUCUUCUAUCUUAGAUAAUGAUUUUGCUAGCUGCACUUGCACGGAA